CACUCUGUUUUUGUUCUGCAUGUUAUAAUAAAGACUAUGAAACGUGAAUCCUUUAGAAGGACGCAGCUAAAUCAUCACUGGUGUAACCAAUAGCCGCUUCAAAACUUGACAUUUUGAUAAACCCAGUAUUGUACAGUGACAUGGGAAAAAUGGCCAGCAUUUUUCUUAGAAAAUCAAUGAGUUGAAUUGAGUAGCCUGUGUGUAGACAGGUUGGAUUAAUUGAUUGUAGUAUCAACACAGCUCUAUCUGCAAGUCAUCUCGUUUUUGACUUAGCCUUUUUUGUCCUCCGUGCUGUCCGUAGUUUCCGACAACAUAACCAUGGCCGCUUCAGCUAAAGGUGCAGAACUGUCUAAAGCUGAGUACCUAAAACGUUAUUUAUCCGCUGACGAUGAUGGCAAGAAGUCAAAGGGGAAGCUUAAAAAGAAACGGCGUCCGGUUUCAGAUAAGAGACUUAAAAUUGUGGACGAUGACAUAGACUGGAAACAGAUGGUCAAAGAAGAAAGUGUGAUUGAAGAGGACGAAGAGGAAGCUCCUGUGAUUGCUGAGGUGAUUGACGAAAGACCAGCGGAUGUGAAACAGCUGGAAGCCUUCAGAACCAGCAAUAGGUGGAAAGUUAUUGGAGUUGAUGAAAACGACGAUACAGAAGAUGUCGAAGGAGGAGAUGAUCAACAGCAAGAGUCAGAGGAACCAAACAGGAGUCGCCAUGACUCUCCAGACGUAUCACCUCAAGGAAGAGUUCGCCAUGACUCCCCAGACACGUCCCCUCAAAGAAGAGUUCGCCAUGACUCCCCAGACACAUCCCCUCAAAGAAGAGUUCGCCAUGACUCCCCAGACACAUCCCCUCAAAGAAGAGUUCGGCAUGACUCCCCAGACAAGUCCCCUCAAAGAAGAGGUCACCAUGACUCCCCAGACUUGUCACCUCCUAGGCAGUCCAGGAAAUCAGGGAAGGCAGAAAUUAAAGAUUCAUCCCCCACCAGAAGAAAGCCCGGCUCUUCAUCAUCAAGUAAAAAACGUUCGCCAGCUACUCAGCGAUCAACACAGGGAAAAAGAGAUCAAAAUCGGCACGAUUCAGAUUCUGACCAGUCACCACCAAGAAAAAAGAUGCCGAAGGGAGAAAAUGCAGACUCGGACCAAUCCCCUCCAAGGAGGAAAACAAAAUUAAAACGGGGCUCUGAUUCUGACCAGUCGCCACCCAGAAGGCGAGCGCGGGGUGGAAAGGACUCUGAUGAAGAUCUGUCACCACCUCGUAGGCCUGGCCAGGGUCCAAGGAUGCUCUCUGGUGGCAAGUCAGGUCUGGUUUCAAUAGAUGUUUUAAGAAAGGAGCAGGAGGAGAACCGACGCAGAGAAAAACACAACCAACCACUGGAAGAUGAAUCACGCAAUGCUGAGACAGUGUUCCGAGACAAGACUGGUAAAAGGAGGGAUUUGGAGACCGAGAGAGAAGAGAAGCUGAAGAAAGCUGGAGAAAAGGCGGCAAAAGAUGAGAAAUAUGCUCAGUGGGGGAAAGGGUUGGCUCAGGGCCAGAUGUAUCAGCAGAAACUUGAGGAUGCUGUGGUUGAAGCCCAGAAGCCGCUGGCACGUCGGCGUGACGACGAGGAUCUUGACCGCCUGUUGAGAGAGAAGGAAAGGGAAGGAGAUCCAAUGGCUGCAAUGCUCAGAAAGAAAAAGGAGCGCAAUUUAAACACGCAUAACAAACCCAGAUAUAAAGGUCCUCCACCACCUCCAAACCGCUUCGAUCUUGCACCAGGUUAUCGCUGGGAUGGGUGUGACAGGUCAAAUGGUUUUGAACAGAAACGCUACUCGCGAAUCGCAGAUAAAAAGGCAGUCCAGGAUGCAGCCUAUAAAUGGAGUGUGGAGGACAUGUAAUGGGAAUCAGAUCUGGAGCCAAGCUGAAGUGCCGGACCAGUUGUACCUGGAACUAAACAUAAGCGAGAACAUCUGAUUCAUGCUGUUUAAAAAAACUGUGGAUAAGACUCAUCUACUCAACAGAACUGACAUUUCGAAUCGAUUGAGAAAAUUUUGUUGACCAUUAAAAAGUAAUGUAAUACUGUACAAUGGACAUCGGAUUAAAACAAAGUGAAAAAACAAAACAAUGAUUGUAAAUUGCAGUGAAGUGACAGCGUCUUUAUUAUUUUAUAAUAAUAAGUCAAUGUGGAGCCAAAAAAGAUGUGUUUUUCACUGUUUUAUUAUUAAAUAAUGCUUUUGUAAA